CUGAGCAUCUACGCAGCCUGGCCUCCACUUUCAGGGAAUAUUUUCCUGAACCUGAUCCUGACGAUAAUUGGAUUCGAAAUCCCUUCAGCUGCCAAGAAAUAGAUAGAAUCCAAGACCUCACCGAAGAAGAACAAGACCAAUUUGUAGAUAUUUCUAGCUAUGGUACGAUAAAAAGCAUUUUCAAUGGUGAAAAAAUUGCAGACUUCUGGGCCAAAGCACGCAAGGACUGCAAAAAGCUUUUAGAUAAGGCAAUGAAAAAGAUACUUUCGUUCGCAACUACCUAUCGGUGUGAACAAGCAUUUUCCUCCAUGUGCUUCAUGAAGAACAAUUACAGGAAUCGGCUCGACAUGCGGUCGGCAUUCAAAGUGAAAGUGUCAAGUCUGGAACCAAACAUUUUAUAA